ACUCUUUUUUCUCUCUUUAGUUAGUUUGAGUUCAACCUUAAGCUAUGGAUUCUCCAAGAAGGUACUACACCCACCACCACCAUGGCAGCCCUAACAGCAGCACAAGUAGCAACAACAGCAAUGUCCUCCUCCAACUGCCGCCAACGCCACCUCCUCCGCCGCCAUUUCAGAGGAACCUCGGGAGAUCCGAACCGGCAAGUUCUUUCCCGACAACAUUCAUUCAGGCUGACCGUAAUUCCUUCAAGCACGUUGUUCAGAUGCUAACCGGCCGCAAGGACGCCACCGCCAGCGGAAGCAAGAGCUGCCACCAGCACCAUAUCCCUCCGAUGAAGACAUUUCCCAACAAGAAGCAGCAGCAAUCGGGUUUCAAGCUCUACGAAAGGAGGAACAAUCUCAAGCUGAAUCCUCUGCUCCCCCCAACUGGUCGAGCUUCAUCCAAUAACAACAUUAACGUUAACGUUAUUAACGUUGUUUCUCCUCGGAAUCAUCAUCACCAUCAUCACCACCACCAUCAUCAUCAUGAAUUGCUGUCACCCAGCAUCCUCGAUUUUCCUGCUCUGGUUCUUAGCCCUGUCACUCCACUCAUUCCGGACCCGUUUGGUCGUUCCUCUUCCCCCGCCGCCGCCACUCCCGUUUUGGAUAGGGAGGCUGAAGAGAGGGCCAUAAACGAGAAAGGGUUUUACCUCCAUCCUUCUCCGGCAACCACUCCUAGGGAGGUUCAACCCCGCCUCCUCCCUCUCUUCCCAACUGCAGCUUCUCCUUCAUCGCCUUAGAUUCCCCCCUCUCUUAAAUUUCUUUUCGGGUUUGGUUUCUCCUUUAGAUUUUGUUUAAGACUUUUAUAUCAAUGGCAUUGAUGAGGAUGAGGACUCAGGAGACAGGGUGAGAGAUUAAAAUUGUAAUGGGGGGUUAUUUUACAUUGCCGAUCGAUAAUCAAAUAAAUUAUUAUUAUUAUUAUUA